UAUUCAUUGUAUAUAUCUACAUCCAUCCACUUUUUGUUCAUAUAUAAAUAUAUACGCCGGAGGUUUCCAUAGAUUUCCUCGUUCGUAUCUACUGCCGUUUUGUCCUUCCGAACCUCAGACUGCUGCCUCUCUGGACUCCUCCUCCUUUGUAACACAGGUGUAAUCAUUUCUUCUUUUUUUGGGGGGUUAAAAGACAAGCGAGGAGUUUCGUAUUGUGUCCGGCUGUUCUUCGUCGGUUGCUCAUCUCAUCUCCAAGCUUUCUAAUUCCUCCGCAUCAUCAUGGGAACUCAAGCUCCAACUGAUCAUCUCCACUACGACGACUCCAAAACAGUGGACAAUCGAACGGCUGAAGAGAAGGCAAUUGAUGAAUGGCUUCCUAUUACGUCCUCAAGGAAUGCAAAAUGGUGGUACUCGGCCUUUCACAAUGUCACUGCCAUGGUGGGAGCUGGAGUGUUGAGCUUGCCUUAUGCCAUGUCCAAGCUUGGAUGGGGGCCUGGAGUGACUGUAAUGGUCUUAUCUUGGAUUAUCACUCUGUACACCUUAUGGCAAAUGGUUGAAAUGCACGAAAUGGUUCCGGGGAAACGUUUCGACAGAUAUCACGAGCUAGGCCAGCAUGCUUUUGGUGAGAAACUUGGUCUCUGGAUUGUAGUACCCCAACAGCUAGUGGUUGAAGUGGGCGUGGACAUUGUUUACAUGGUUACUGGAGGGAAGUCAUUGAAGAAGUUCCAUGACUUGGUCUGCUCAAAGCCUUGCAAAGAUAUCAAGACUACCUACUUCAUUAUGAUCUUCGCCUCUGUUCAUUUUGUGCUCUCCCAUCUUCCAAACUUCAAUUCCAUCUCCGGUGUGUCUUUGGCCGCAGCCGUCAUGUCAUUGAGUUACUCCACCAUUGCUUGGGGUGCCUCCGUGAAAAAGGGUGUCCAACCAGAUGUGGAAUAUGGCUACAAAGCUACGACUACAGCAGGAACACUUUUCAACUUCUUCGGUGCCCUGGGAGAUGUAGCUUUUGCUUACGCCGGUCACAAUGUUGUUUUAGAGAUUCAAGCCACCAUCCCUUCUAAACCUGGGAAGCCUUCCAAGGUGCCCAUGUGGAGAGGAGUGGUUGUUGCCUACAUAGUUGUGGCAUUGUGCUAUUUCCCGGUUGCUUUUAUAGGGUACUGGAUGUUCGGAAACAGUGUCGAGGAUAACGUUCUCCUCUCAUUGAAUAAACCAACCUGGCUAAUUGCGAUGGCUAACAUGUUUGUCGUGGUUCACGUAAUCGGAAGCUAUCAGAUUUAUGCGAUGCCGGUUUUCGACAUGAUUGAAACUGUGCUCGUCAAGAAAUUAAGAUUCAAGCCCAGUUGGACGUUGCGCUUUGUUUCGAGGAACAUUUACGUGGCUUUCACAAUGUUUGUUGGUCUCACAUUCCCAUUCUUCGGCGGACUUCUUGGAUUCUUUGGAGGCUUUGCUUUCGCCCCAACUACAUACUUCCUCCCCUGUAUCAUGUGGCUUGCCGUCUAUAAACCGAGGAGAUACAGCUUGUCUUGGAUUACAAACUGGAUUUGCAUCAUACUGGAGAGUCCUCUUUGAUGUUAUUGCGCCAAUUGGAGGCUAAGACAGAUCAUACUUGAAGCGAAGACCUAUAAAUUCUACUCGUAGAGGCAGAGCAGCUUGCCUACAGCGAAGGAUGUAGUGAUAUAGGUAAAAAGGAAGCAGUCAGAACUCAGAAGAGCGUCAGCUUCGCCAUGGAAGCAGUCGACGGGUGGUGGGCUCAUCACUAGUCAUGGCGGAAUAGGAAUUCCGAAUUCAUACUAGAAGCAAGUAUAAAGAUGUAUUGAAGUGCUCUUUUGAGUAAAAAAAAUUCAUGCUGGUUUGGUUAAUACAUACAUCCGCGGUUUUUUUUUA